CUCAGCGCCGUCGCCGCCCUUGGCGCCGCCCGGCCCGGCGGCGGGAUGAAGCUGACGGACAACGUGCUGCGGAGCUUCCGCGUGGCCAAGGUCUUCCGCGAGAACUCGGACAAGAUCAACUGCUUCGACUUUAGCCCCAACGGCGAGACCGUCAUCUCCAGCAGCGACGACGACUCCAUCGUUCUCUACGACUGCCAGGAGGGCAAACCGAAGAGAACACUGUACAGUAAGAAGUAUGGAGUGGACCUCAUCAGAUACACACAUGCUGCCAACACUGUUGUGUACAGCUCCAACAAAAUAGAUGAUACAAUCCGAUACCUCUCCCUGCAUGACAACAAAUACAUUCGGUAUUUCCCGGGGCAUACAAAAAGAGUGGUUGCUCUUUCAAUGUCUCCAGUGGAUGAUACUUUUAUUUCUGGAUCCCUGGAUAAAACCAUUCGACUUUGGGAUCUCCGCUCUCCAAAUUGCCAGGGUUUAAUGCAUCUCCAGGGGAAGCCUGUGUGUUCUUUUGACCCAGAAGGGUUGAUUUUUGCGGCUGGAGUCAAUUCUGAAAUGGUGAAGCUUUACGAUCUCCGUUCUUUUGACAAGGGGCCAUUUGCUACUUUUAAAAUGCAGUAUGAUCGAACAUGUGAGUGGACAGGCCUGAAGUUCAGUAAUGAUGGCAAACUCAUCCUUAUAUCAACUAAUGGAGGGUUCAUUCGACUGAUUGAUGCCUUUAAAGGAGCUGUCCUGCAUACGUUUGGGGGUUAUAACAAUAGUAAGGCUGUCACGCUGGAGGCGUCGUUCACACCAGACUCUCAGUUCAUCAUGAUAGGUUCAGAGGAUGGGAAGAUUCAUGUUUGGAAUGGGGAAAGUGGGAUGAAGGUGGCUGUGCUGGAUGGGAAACACACAGGUCCUAUAACCUGUCUGCAGUUCAAUCCAAAAUUCAUGACUUUUGCUAGCGCAUGUUCCAAUAUGGCCUUCUGGUUGCCAACUAUUGAUGACUAAUUCCUACGCUGCAGCUGCUGUCAGAUGACUUCCAUACUGCUAACAGCAGCAUGUCAUUGCAAGCAUAGUAUUGGAAUUGCCUAGGUCUCCUAGACUGUGUUCCUGUUCCUGCGUAUGUUUCCAUAUGUCUUACCUUUAUUUGCUGCAUUCCUUUGUGAGGACUCUUCCACUCGGCCUCCUAGCAUGUUCAGAAGCGGCAUGCUACACGUUCUUACGUUCCAGUCUCUGCCCAGCAGGCUUCAGCCGAAGUUGGAACUGACACAGUAUUAUUUCUAAGAGCAAUGAAGUCUGGUUUAUUUACAAAAUGUUUGUGGCAUUUUUUAAGCUGUAAUUGUGUGUUUUCCUUCUGUGAGUGCACAAGGCUAUUGAUGUUCCAAGGUGGAACGUGCAGUUCCUUCCCAUAAGUGCAUGUUUUUCACAUCUGGGAUCUCUCUGGUUUCACUGCAGUCCACAGAUGCAAAGUUACUGCUGUGCCAAAUGUGAACACUGACAGUUUUUAACUUAAACAGCAGAUGCUGGAUUCUCUUGCAGUGGAACACGUGCCGAAAGAGUGGGUGACUGUAAAUGUACAUUAUACGUCCUGUCAUCCUUUUUUUGGCAAUUUAGUGUGCAACAAACCGUACAGGUUUUGUCCACUGCCAGAGCUUGCCGAAGCCUCCCUGCUGUUUGCUGUGCCAGCAUCCUAGAGGGCGCAGACAGUACUGAUGAGGUCCGGGCAGUGUCCCAAGCAAUAAAGGAGUCUGUCAGCAGGGAG